CUUGGAUUGAGUUGUGUGGAGUCAAAGGGUUCACUAAGAGUCGCAGGAAAGUACACGGUAUGACGGUCGCUAAGAGUUUGCUCAGCAGUGUCGACGUUACUGGCAAGUCUCUAGCCAGGACCAGCUCCCCGCCGACGGGCAUGAGUAGAAUUUCAAUGGGCACGUGCUAGGUACGCGCCGCCGGCGCCGCGGGCUCGCGCGAGUUUGUGGAGAGCGUUCGCCAUGAAGUCAGUAACUCGUCCUUACAGCUCCGCCCGUUCCGUUCAAGGUUACUUCGCUGGAGACUGGAGUGGGAACGAAUUUCGGAACCUUUUCGCUCGAGAUACAAUGUCAGGACGCGGCCCCCACAACAUCCUCCUUGGUUUCCUACGGCCAACUUGCUCCAACGACCGACGACUUGAGCUAUACAUGCGACUGCCCAGCCAUUGAUCUGCGGCUAUUCUACUCUCCUUUAUACACAUAAAGAUAUACAUUAGUAUAGUGACCAGACUGGGCUCGGAAAUGGCACCGGCAACACCCACCAUCACACCGGCGCCGUCAUUGGCGACGGAUUUACUCGUAGACAGGUCGUUCACCAUACCGAGCGUGAUAUCGCUCCCGUUCUCGCUUGGCUCUGUCGUAUUUCCGUCGUCCAUCGUCGUCGACAUCUCGACGGUGCUCACGUUCCCGACCGUCAUCGGCGGCGUCACCAUCCCUGCCGGGUCGACUAUCGUCAUCGGCGGCUCUGCCACUUCGGCACCUGCGUCGGCAACGCCGACAUCUUCGGGCAUCGUCACCGGAUCGUCGAGCAUACCCUCCACCACACCCCCGCCCUCUUCUUCGCCAGCGAUAGUCUCGCCAACCUCCGUCAUACAACCCGCCACCUCCCACCCCUCCCGCUCUGGCGCAGCGAGCAGCACCACCAAGAUCCUCGCGGGCGUCUUCUCCACCUUCGCCCUCCUCCUCCUCAUCUGCCUCUGCGCCGGAAUAUGGCUCCUCGCCCGGCGAAGACGGCGACGCAGGCUUGCCCAGGACGAAGACGCGGCGGCGAAGGUUCCCUCCCACCGGCACAGCUGGCACCUCGUGGGCGGUGAAGACGAGAAGAUGGGCGGCGAUAGCACAGACGACGUCGCCAUGGCCGGUGCAGGACAGAGAGACCGAUCCUCGCGCACAGAGAAAGGGAGACGGGCGUCGGCUGCGUCGGCUGCUUACGACCCCACGCCCGCGUUCUUGCCCCUCAUGCAUCCCCAAGGGACGUACAUACCCUCGGAUCCGCGCUAUGUCCCGCAGCCGCCGAGCCCUAUGGAGGUCUACUACGCGACGCCGGUCAAGACGACGUUCGAUAGCGCCGCCGCAGAUACCGUACGCGGGACGAGACGCGACCCGUUCGGCGACGACGUGGAUAUCAUGGAAGUACGGAGGGGCGAGGAAGACGCGCCCGCGUUGGGCGCGGGGUUCGCGGGCGGCGUGGGCAGCGCGACGAGCAGCUCGUCCGACACGCUCUCGUCCGCGUCCGAGUACCGGCAUCGGCCGGGAUACGGUCCGGACCACGAUCCCGAAUACGCGUUCGCCGGAACCCCGCCCUCGCCGCCGUCGGAGGAGGCGCGGACCUCCGCCGGGUCGCAUUCGCAGUCGAGGACCGGCUCGCUCGUGCACCUCCGCGGCGGCGCGGCACCGUCGUCGUCCACGCCCGGCUACUACCACUACGCGCCGUUCCGCAUGGGCCCCGCUAGCUCCAGCUCUUCCGGUGCGGGUGCGGGUGCGGGCGCGAGGGCGGGUCGACCCCGAAGGCUGCCGGAUCCCCCCGCGGGCGCGAUGGUCUACCCCUACCCCCCAGGACGCGGGAUGCACUCCCCCCUUUCGCUCGGCGGCGAGUCGUCGCCGCCGGUCACCCCCAGUUCCGGGUCGUUCUCCACCUCGUAUGGGCAGCACCACCCUGCGUCGUCGUAUCGGCAGCACCCGCGGUUCCCGUCUUCGUCCCAGGGACACGACCUUCUGGAGACGCCGAGCCCCGUCGCGGAAGAACCCGGAGGAGAGCGCUCGCCGAGACGCGCACGCUCGAACUCGGGGUACGCGAGCUGGUUCAACAGGAGGCGGGCGUCGGGCGCGGAGCAGCUGCUCCCGCCUCCGGCGGUCCUUCCGGAGUGGUUUGGCCCGGGGACCGACGCGAGCGUGCCGGUGCGGGAUGCGAGCGACUAUUUCAGCGCGCGGGAGUUGAGGGUCGCCAAUCGAUCGGACGAGGAACGAUGAAACGGGCGUCCGUCAUCCUUCUUCCUUCACCCAUGUGCUCCCGUUCCCCACUAUACACGGGAGGACGUCGUGCGCUUCGUGGAUCGACUACUCCAGUGACGGUGCUUUACCCUCGUACUGGGCAUAUCUUAUCGCCUCUUAUUGUCAUCCUCGCCCUCCUGUCGUUGUCGCGCACUUCAUCCGCCGGCCGUCGUUCGUUGUUUUCUCGUCAGCACUGUAUCCAUAGCAAGCGCUUCUGGUCAAUGGUAGGUCCCAUUUAUUCCUUGAUCUUCCCCGUCACUGUUUUUUGUCUUCUCCGCCUGUCUUUCCUGUCCCC